GGAACUCUACUUCCGUUUAACAAGAAUAAAACCUUACAGAGUGCUGAGUAAUUUUAAUUGAAAUUUCUGAGAAAGCCUAAAACAAAAAUGAACUCUUCUGAAGUAGCUCGUAAAGUUUGGGAAAUGGAAAAUAACGUGGAAAAUAUUGCAUCGCUGGACGAUCUAUACCGAUAUAGUGACGAUCAACAGAAAGAAUUGUUGCAGGCAAAACCUUGGGAAAAGGACCCAUCGUACUUCACACAUAUUAAAAUUUCUGCUUUGGCGCUUUUGAAAAUGGUUAUGCAUGCUCGAUCAGGUGGUAAUUUAGAAGUUAUGGGUAUCAUGUUAGGCAAAGUUGACGGAAAUACGAUGAUUGUUAUGGAUGCCUUUGCGCUACCUGUCGAAGGUACUGAGACGAGAGUUAAUGCUCAAGCCCAAGCUUACGAAUAUAUGACUGCUUAUAUUGACAAUGCAAAACCAGUAAAAAGAUUAGAAAAUGCCAUUGGAUGGUAUCAUAGCCAUCCAGGAUACGGUUGCUGGUUAUCUGGCAUUGAUGUUAGUACUCAGAUGUUGAAUCAACAAUACCAAGAACCAUUCGUUGCUAUUGUGGUUGAUCCAACUAGAACUAUUUCUUCAGGAAAAGUUAAUUUAGGGGCUUUCAGAACUUAUCCAAAGACUUAUAAGCCUCGUGACGAAGAACAAUCUGAAUAUCAAUCAAUUCCGUUAAAUAAAAUUGAAGAUUUUGGUGUUCAUUGCAAACAGUCAGUUAAUAAUGAAUUUCAGCUAUUAGAUCUUUUAUCAAAAUUUUCAAUUCUCUUACAGAAUGCUGAUUAUGCGACCGGGCAAAUCUUCGAUUUAGCAGAAAAAUUAGAACAAUCAGAUAUUCAACUGGGAAGAAGUGGCGUAGGAACAGCCCUUGACGCUCACGACAAAAGAACCGAAGAAAAGAUCGCUAAAGCUACAAAGGAUGGAUGCAAGCAGACAAUAGAGGCUAUUCAUGGUCUUAUGUCCCAAGUCAUAAAAAACAAGCUAUUUAAUGAAGUUUCUACGAACUGA